CCAGAGGCCGGGGCAGGAGGCGGGGAACAGGCUGCUUUUUCCUCGCGGUGGUGAUAUAAAAAUCGCGAGUCUGGAAGUCUGGAAAGGGGCCGCCACUCUUAGCUUUUUUUCUCUCCAAGUUUCCGACUCCCCCGUCCGAGAUGGACAAAGUCUGUGCUGUGUUCGGAGGCUCCCGGGGUAUUGGCAGGGCAGUGGCCCAGCUGAUGGCCCAGAAGGGCUACCGACUGGCCAUCGUCGCCAGAAAUCUGGAAGUGGCAAAAGCCGCCGCCGGUGACCUCGGCGGUGGUCAUUUGGCAUUUAGCUGUGAUGUUGCCAAAGAGCAUGAAGUUAAACACACAUUUGAAGAGAUGGAGAAAAAUUUAGGUCCUGUUAACUUCUUGGUAAAUGCAGCUGGAAUUAACAGGGACAGCCUUUUAGUACGAGCAAAAACUGAGGAUAUGAUAGCUCAGCUUCAUACUAACCUUCUGGGCUCCAUGCUGACCUGCAAAGCUGCCAUGAAAACUAUGAUUCAACAACAGAGAGGAUCUAUUGUUAAUGUAGGGAGCAUUAUUGGUUUAAAAGGCAAUGCUGGUCAGUCUGUGUACAGUGCUGCUAAAGGAGGAUUGGUUGGAUUUUCCCGUGCUCUUGCUAAGGAAGUAGCAAGAAAGAAAAUUAGAGUGAAUGUGGUUGCUCCAGGAUUUGUUCAUACAGAUAUGACGAAAGCCUUGAAUGAAGAACAUUUAAAGAAAAAUAUCCCUCUUGGGAGAUUUGGAGACCCCAUUGAUGUGGCACACGCAGUUGUGUUUCUCUUAGAAUCACCCUAUAUUACAGGGCAUGUUCUGGUAGUAGAUGGGGGAUUACAACUCACGAUGUAACUUACAGAUUUCUCAGGUAUAAUGGUGAUUAGAAUUAGGCACACUUUGAUUAAGACAAUCAUAUCUACGUGGUUGACAUUUGCUAAUCAAACCUAUUCAUGCUACAAAUGUUGAUUUUCACCUUUAUAUGUAUUGAUAUAUAUCUGAAAAGAAUGUUUGACCAAUUAUGUUUUCUAAAUAGUAUAUACCUUAUAGACUGCAGCAAUUUUAGUAUACAGAAUUUUUUUCAAGUUCUAUAAACAGGUAUUACCUAAUUUAUAUAGUAUCAAAAGUGGAAAAAUUAUAAAGUUUAAUUUUCAUGAGUUACUUUAUUAAGUUGAAUGUUCUAGAAAUUAACCUUGUAGUCCAUUGCCAAAAUAAGAGUAUUUAUAUGGUAUUGGUUUAUUGUCAGUACUUUGACAACCCUGCUAAAGUUAAACAUUACGGUAUAUGUUUUUUAAUAUGCUUUGGAUGAUAAGUUUUUAUACAGGUUGAAAAAAAAACCCAGUAUCAGUUUGAUAUAAACAUGAAUUUAGAGUCUCUCUCUUCUCCCCCCAUCCCCCAGUAGCAUUAUCCCUGAUUGAGCUGCUGGGCAAAAUAGUCUACAAACAUAAGUGUGGUACAGUUGAUCUGUUCUGUAGAAAUUCUCAAUGAUGGUGAGCAGUAAGCAUUAACUCUAUCUUAAGGUUUCAGUAUCUGCUAAAUUGAUCUCAUCAAUGUAGGAAGUGGAAGUGUUAUGUGUGUGUUUAAAUCCACAAAACAAUAUAGCUAACUACUUAAAAAAUAGUAUGAAAAAAUGACAUUUUGAAUAUGAUUUUUACCCUAAAAUUUGUUAGUAAACAAUUACUUACAAAUAAUCACAAAUGAUAAAUAUGCACUACCAAUGGAUUAGAUAUCUUACAAGGAACAAAAGCAUUAGUUUUAAAAUAAAAUAUUUGAGAAUAGAGAUAAAGACACGAACUCUAUGUAAAAUAUCAGGCAAUAUCUCUUUAUCAUUGAACUACUUUGUGGGGAAUACUGUGAUAUUUUAACAUAGUAUUCAUGUUCAUUUUUAUUAAAAUGUUUUAAAUAUUUACUGCACUUUAAAAAGUAAUUUUUUAUGGAUUUAUUGGAGCUGAAUAUUAUUUUUUAUAUAAACAGAUAUAAUCUUACAUUGUAAGUGCAAAAACAUAGGAUAUAGUAAAUAAAUGCAAAAUAAUACAAAGAAAUAUAAACAAAAUGAAAAGUAAUAAAGACAAAUUUAUAUUUUAAAUUAAGGUUGCUUAUUUCUUAAAAAUUUAUCUUUGAAAUAACCUUCUUUAUAUACAGGUGUGUUUUUUAGGAUGUGAAAAUGUCUGUUAAGUGUGAAUAAAAUUAGAUUAUUACUCAAACUGACUACUAAAUGGAAACAUGGUAACUCACAGAAUUUAUCAGGCAUUAACAAUUCCAGGCACAUACAGGAAAUGCAACAUUGAAGAUGGUUUCAAAUGUGGUUGCUGAUGGCUUUCAGCUCGGAGAGUUUAUGCAGACAGAGCAGGCCAUUUUCUCAUGCUGCCUCACCUGCAGGCCUUUGGCUCCCUGCACUUCCUCAUUUUGACAUCCUCUUAGGCUGAAUUCCCUUCUUUGGACCCCUCAUGUUCUGAAAUUAUCAAUGAAGCUGAUUUGACUGGUGAUUAGGAAGAAAGCAACGCAUUUUAUGGAACUGAUGACACUAAGAUGUAGGCUACAGAUAGUUUUAAACUUUAAAUGUACAUUUACACUUUAAGAAAUAUAACCCUUUUGACUAGUCCACUCUGUCCCCUAGCCCAUAUUAAGCUGCUGGUGUAAUAUGGGGAUAAAUUUUGCAAAAUGAGCUUUCACUAUUCCACUCCAGGUGAACUUUGCACCCACUUCCACUAACCUGGUAGAAUUUGUAAUUUAAUACUUGCUGAAAUAAGUUGCCAGCUGUUGCUUAUGUUCAGCGGUUCAAGAACUUCAUUUAAUUCUUAAGAAGUCUCAUCUGUAGCUGCUCUGUGACAAAUAUGAGCUCAUAAUCCAAUUUGUGGUUUGCUCUUAAAAAAAAGAUUUAUGCUUAAAGACAAUGUAUUAAAUUUUUUCAGGAAGGCUUUAAAA